CGGUGGCAGCGGCGGCAUUGUGCGCGCACCAGCAGCCCGGCCCGGGAGGAGCAGGACGCGCCGGGGCCGCCUCCUCCCGCACGGACCCAUGAACCAGCCGGGCGGCGCGGCGGCUCCGCAGGCUGACGGAGCCAGUGCAGCUGGAAGGAAAAGUACAGCGGGCAGGGAGCGCUUGAAGCGCAGCCAAAAGAGCACCAAGGUGGAGGGCCCGGAGCCCGUGCCGGCUGAGGCCUCGCUGAGUGCCGAGCAGGGAACGAUGACGGAAGUGAAGGUGAAGACAGAGCUGCCCGAUGACUACAUCCAGGAGGUGAUCUGGCAGGGCGAGGCCAAGGAGGACAAGGAGGUGGUCAGCAAGGACGGCACUGGGGACGUGCCUGCCGAGAUCUGCGUGGUGAUUGGCGGCGUCCGCAACCAGCAGACCCUGGGGUCCUAUGAGUGUGGAAUCUGUGGCAAGAAGUACAAGUACUACAACUGUUUCCAGACCCACGUACGGGCACACCGCGACACUGAAGCCACCGCAGGGGAGGGAGCCUCCCAGGGCAAUGAGAAAACCGAGGCGCAGAGCUCAGGGAGUGUGUCUGGGGCCACACUUGUACGUGGUGGAGUCGGAUUUGAGCUUGGGCAGCCUGACUCCAGGGCCUGCUCCAAAACAGACAACUUCAGGUACACGUGUGACAUCUGUGGGAAGAAGUACAAAUAUUACAGCUGCUUCCAAGAACACCGAGACCUGCAUGCGGUGGAUGCUGCCGCCUCCCAUCUGGGCACAGUGUUUAGUGUGGAAGGGGCCCCCGAGAACCGGGCAGACCCCUUUGACCAAGGUGUCGUGGCCACUGACGAGGUGAAGGAGGAACCUCCGGAGCCAUUCCAGAAAAUUGGGCCAAUGAACAAUAUUACAUCAGAAAUUUUUAAGAAGAAAGAAGUUAGGCAGUGCCAAAAGAGAGAAACUGGCAAUUAUACCUGUGAAUUCUGCGGGAAGCAGUACAAGUACUACACGCCCUACCAGGAGCACGUGGCCUUACAUGCCCCCAUCAGUGCCGCCCCCGGGUGGGAGCCGCCGGACGAUCCGGACACGGGCUCUGAGUGCUCACAUCCAGAGGUCUCCCCGUCUCCACGCUUCGUGGCAGCGAAGACCCAGGCGAACCAGUCGGGGAAAAAAGCUCCGGCCUCCGUGGUCCGAUGCGCCACACUCUUACACCGCACCCCUCCAGCCACCCAAACCCAGACGUUCCGCACUCCAAACUCGGGAUCUCCAGCGAGCAAGGCGACUGCAGCAGAAAGCGCUUUCAGUCGGAGAGUAGAAGGCAAAGCACAAAACCACUUUGAAGAGACGAAUAGCAGUUCCCAAAACUCCAGCGAACCCUACACCUGUGGCGCCUGUGGGAUCCAGUUCCAGUUCUACAACAACCUCCUGGAGCACAUGCAGUCCCAUGCAGCGGACAAUGAGAACAACAUUGCCUCCAACCAGUCCCGAUCACCACCCGCAGUUGUGGAGGAGAAGUGGAAACCUCAGGCCCAGAGGAACAGUGCCAACAACACCACAACCAGUGGUUUAAUACCCAACCACAGCAUGAUCCCCGAGAAGGAGCGGCAGAACAUUGCAGAGCGGCUGCUGCGGGUCAUGUGUGCCGACCUGGGCGCGCUGAGCGUGGUGAGUGGGAAGGAGUUCCUGAAGCUGGCCCAGACCCUGGUGGACAGCGGCGCCCGCUACGGAGGCUUCUCAGUCACCGAGAUCCUGGGCAACUUCAACACGCUGGCGCUGAAGCACCUGCCACGUAUGUACAACCAGGUGAAGGUGAAGGUGACGUGCGCCCUGGGCAGCAACGCCUGCCUGGGCAUCGGCGUCACCUGCCACUCGCAGAGCGUCGGCCCCGACUCCUGCUACAUCCUCACGGCCUACCAGGCCGAGGGCAACCACAUCAAGAGCUACGUGCUGGGCGUGAAGGGCGCGGACAUCCGUGACAGUGGCGACCUGGUGCACCACUGGGUGCAGAACGUGCUGUCAGAGUUUGUGAUGUCAGAGAUCAGGACGGUGUAUGUGACGGACUGCCGGGUGAGCACAUCCGCCUUCUCCAAGGCUGGCAUGUGCCUGCGUUGCUCAGCCUGUGCCUUGAACUCAGUGGUGCAGACGGUGCUGAGUAAGCGGACGCUGCAGGCCCGGAGUAUGCACGAGGUCAUCGAGCUGCUCAACGUGUGUGAGGACCUGGCGGGCUCCACGGGCCUUGCCAAGGAGACCUUCGGGUCGCUGGAGGAGACGUCGCCACCACCCUGUUGGAACUCAGUCACGGACUCGCUGCUGCUGGUGCACGAGCGCUACGAGCAGAUCUGCGAGUUCUACAGCCGGGCGAAGAAGAUGAACCUCAUCCAGAGCCUCAACAAGCACCUGCUCAGCAAUCUGGCAGCCAUCCUGAUGCCGGUGAAGCAGGCGGUCAUCGAGCUGAGCAACGAGAGCCAGCCCACCCUGCAGCUGGUGCUGCCCACCUACGUCAGGCUGGAGAAGCUCUUCACGGCCAAGGCCAAUGACGCGGGCACCGUCAGCAAGCUCUGCCACCUCUUCCUGGAGGCGCUCAAGGAGAACUUCAAGGUGCACCCGGCACACAAGGUGGCCAUGAUCCUGGACCCGCAGCAGAAGCUGCGGCCCGUCCCACCCUACCAGCACGAGGAGAUCAUCGGCAAGGUCUGCGAGCUCAUCAACGAGGUGAAGGAGUCCUGGACCGAGGAGGUGGACUUCGAGCCCGCCGCCAAGAAGCCCCGCUCCGCGCCCGGCGAGAACCCGGCAGCUCAGGAGGACGACCGGCUCGGGAAGAACGAAGUCUACGAUUACCUACAGGAGCCUCUCUUCCAGGCCACGCCGGAUCUCUUCCAGUACUGGUCUUGCGUCACCCAAAAGCACACAAAACUUGCCAAGCUUGCCUUCUGGCUCCUCGCGGUUCCGGCGGUGGGGGCCAGAAGUGGGUGUGUAAAUAUGUGCGAGCAAGCCCUUCUCAUCAAAAGGAGGCGACUGCUGAGUCCAGAAGAUAUGAACAAACUCAUGUUUCUGAAAUCCAACAUGCUUUAAGACUUGACUUUGGGAAACAAAACAAAACAGAAGAGAAAAAGGAAAGGAAAAACAGAAGAGAACAUUAGAAGAAGGAAGAAAAUGAAAAUACACAACACUGUCACAAACAAAGAAAAGGAAUUUAAGUUCUAAACACUGUGGACCUCAUUAUAAAUGCCCCCUGGAAACUUAAGUGCUUUUUUUCAGUGUGCGUGUGCAUGGGUGUAUGUGCCUGCACACGCAUGCACGUGGAUGGACACACGUGCCAUGGACGUGGGCAGUUGUGGGGCUCUGUGCUCAUCUCCGUGGCCGCAGAAGCCUCGUGCACGCGCACACACACAUACAACCCUGGUGCGUGUGCCGUGCCUGCUCGUGGGCACAUGUGCAUUAAACUGGGUGUGUCAGGAAAGCUGAGUGUUUGGGAAAGGGGAAGACGCUUCACCUCCUUUUCUCGGUGAGGGGGCUUUAAGACUCUGUUUUCAGGUGUGCAGAUUGGUAGAAGGCUGGUGUAAAAUGUUCAGGCAGCUGAGAUCUGAAGUGACUUGACAUUGUCUGCCCUUUGCCCCACGGUCCCCCUCUGCCCUCCAUUCCCCUGCCCUGGGGUCUCCCCACCCCGCUGCUCCCUGCCCCACCCCAGCUGCUCAGCCAUGGCGUCUCCAGACUGCAUCCGAUGGACAGUUUCUGCACUGGACUUUCUUUCUUGUUCACCUUCAGGGCAUUGAGCUGCUGCCUCUGUGACACGGCUUGGGUGUUACUGGGUUAGCCGCCUUAGAAACACACCUCUCUCUCUCCCCAAAUCAGGAAAGGAGACUUUAAUAGAAAGCUGACUUCUUGCUUUUUAAUAUAAGAUAGAAAAAAGAGACCUUUUUUCCAGAGAA